ACGAACAAUCGCUAGCCAGUAGCGUCGUCGCCUCCGCUCCAGGCUGUGCUGAAGUUUCGCAGUAGGGAUACAAUCACGUUGGGACAACGUAGUUCGUUGUGGUCUCGUCCAUCGAGCAACUGGUUUAGGCGGUGAGAGUGAUUUACAAGGCUGCGAUCUAUUAUACAUUAUGUCGCGAAGCUCUCGCGGCCCACCAAAUAUCCACGGGAUGGUGUCCCUAAAAGUGGACAACCUUACCUACCGCACGACAAUUGAGGAUCUUAAACGUGUCUUCAGGAAAUAUGGCGAUGUCGGUGAUGUCUACAUUCCGCGCAAUCCUCGAAACAACGAAUCUCGGGGCUUUGCUUUCGUUAGGUUCUACAGCCGACGUGAUGCUGAAGAAGCCAUGGAUUGUCUUGAUGGGUACAGACUCGACGGCCGUGAGCUCCGUAUUGCAAUGGCCAAAUAUGCACGCCCCGGUGGCAGGGGUGGUCGCGAAAGGUCGCGUUCCAGAGAUCGGCAUCGUCGACGCAGCAGAACACGCUCCCGCUCUCGAGACAGACGGUCUCGCUCCCGUUCGCAUAGGCGUCGAUCGCGCUCAGAUUCUAGAUCGAGGCGGUCCACGUCAAAGGACGACGACCGCCAUGAUCGGAAGUCUCGCUCUAGGGACAGAGACGCGUCUAUUGACCGAGAUCGUGACAAUGACCGUGACCGUUCUAGGGAACGAUCCAGGGAUCGCGAUGAUUCACGGGACAGGGAU